UGUGUCGCCUAAGGUAAAUGUAAUAAACCUAUCACAAAACAAAACGUUUUUUUUUUAUGUCUGUCGGAAUUUUACACCCGGCCGAUGGUAUAGGAUAGCCUUGUUGCGCCUUUCCUUUCCCGCCUUUUAAUGGGCGUUAAUUGACAAUUUUUGCAUUAGGCCAUUUCUACAAGGCAGAACAUGGUAAUGUAUUCGUAUACACCCGCUUCGUCCAUAUCUCCUUUUUUAUUCUCUCGUUCAUUUUUUUGUCAACAAAUGUUGAAUGAUGUUCUCUCUACACUCCCUGAAAGUAUUGAGUCUUUUUCAUAUGUUAUUCUAGGUUACGUUUUUGUGGUUCAUGAUCUUCUUAUAAAAGAAGAGGUGUUGUUUCGUAUUUUUUUUCUAUAAUAUUUCAACACUUUUUAGCCAGUAUGAAAAGAAAAAAAGUUAUUCUGUUCUGCAUUUUAUCAUUUACUACACUGGCUGUUAUCAUAAUCUAUCAUUCGUGCAACAUGUCUACCUGUUCUGCAAUGUAUGAAACACUUUGGCGCCCAAAAGCGAUGUUCGAAAAUAUAAACACCGCGAAAAUCAAAAAGUAUUUUAACCCGUUAUGGGCAAGAACAGAUCAAGAAAAUAAAAAGAUAAAAAACUCACAAGAUAUAAACGAACGCCAUAAAUUACAUAGAGUAACGAAACUAAAUACCGGAAUGAAUGUAAAGAUCAAUUUGAAUCAAUUAAGAAAGACAAUCGAGGCUAGAAAUUUAAACUUGACUGGCAAAGACAAAAAAUUGGACAGACAAGGGAAUGAAAUAUCUGCAGAAAUUCAAUCCAAUAUGACGCAUACAAAGCAUAACCUUAUACGUCAUAAAGGUAUAAUGACGUUCGACAAAAUAUCAUGUAACCCGAUUUUCCCGAAAGUUUUAUUAUAUAAUCGGAUUUUUAAAACAGGAAGUACUAGUCUGGGUCAAGUGAUGGUAAACGCUUCUGAAUAUUUGAGUUAUCACGUGCAAAAGUCGACGACUGAAGAUUGGUACAAUACGGGGGAUUCAUACCCAUAUCCAGACGUUAUAGAAAAUCACGUGAUCAAGAAUGUGUCAGUUGCAUUUGUUUCGCAUUUUUAUUUUCGUAACGACUUAAAAAUUGAGAGACCAUACACGUAUAUAAAUAUGUUACGAGAUCCAGUCCGCAGAAUUAUAUCACAUUACAAAUACAUGAGAUUAAAAAAUAUAAGACCACCUGAUCGCAUCAAAGAGUUGAAAAAAUCUGGUCUGUGGAAUGAAUCCUUGUUAACUUGUGUUCGAAAACAACAUAGAGGUUGCGAGGAUAAUGUCAUGACCAGAUUCUUUUGUGGUCCGCAUAAUUUUUGCAAGAGCGGUUCAAAAAAGGCAUUGGAGAAAGCAAAAUUCAACAUGCAACGAUAUUACUCUGCGGUUGGGAUAUUAGAAAAAAUUGAAUUAUUUUUAAAAGUUUUACAGACAAAAUUACCAACAUUUUUCAACCAUACUCAACUAGUUUUACCUCGAGAAAAGAAGAAUACAAAUGAAGACUACUACAAAGAUAUAGACAAGAAAACUUUGAAAAAGAUUCGAGCUCGAAAUAAAGCGGAUAAAAAGCUGUAUAAAUUUGCGAGUGAGCGUUUCAAAAGAGAGAUAUCUGCUUGCAGGUUAUGACGGUUAUCUCUCACAAAUAUAAUUUAAACAUUAAUAUUUUUACUCUUCUGCAAAGAAAGUAUUAUCUAACCCAAUGAAAAAAAAGAACAGGACUGACAGCUGCAUGCCCAGGGCAUCUUGUAUCUUUCUGACUUCCCUUUCAGCCUAGCCAAAAAUCUAAAAAUUUGCAAAUUUCGUUUCGCUUGUUUUUCGUCUGGGAUUUUUGCCUGGACGUUUUUGAUCAAACAGUGUAAACUCACUUCUCUGCACGUAAAGCUAUAUUCUAAACGUUGUAUCGUCCGCUUUUAAAACAAGCGUAAGAAGUUAAAUAAAAAUAGCUAAAAAAUUAUGUUAUUUUGAAAAUUUAAAUUUUCAAAUAUUGUCUAUUUUUGAAAUCACAAGCAAUCCCAUUUUUGCUCUUGUGAAUCUUUCUAAGAUUCGUGAUUUGAAACUGCUUGUGGGUACGUCAUGGAGUGAUCUCCGGGAACAUGGUCACGUAAAUUAUGCUAAGCUGUCUGCAAAUAAUCGGUUCCUUUUAUCAAUAUUGUCAAUUCCCUAUAACGUAAUGGCGUGAAGACUAAAUCUUCAGUUCUUAUCAUCAUAAUCCAAUUUUGUCGAGGUCAAAGAAACAGAUUUCAUUUGCUCGAUUAUCCUUUGUGCUCGACAACAAUCUCUUUCCAGUGAGCGAAUUUUUUUGGCUCGUUUAUCCCGCUUGGCGUCAGCUUCUUUUUUCUUUUUUUCGAGAAUAAGUGAGACCUAAACAAACAAAUCAAAAACUUUAGCAUGAUGUUCUUGUUAUGAGUUUAGUGAAGAAAAUCUUGUGAAACAUUAUCGAAUCAAACUCAGUGAGGCAGUAGAAAUUUUAAUUCGGUCUAAUUUUUAUUCACCUACUCUAAAGGAUCGCAUAAUCCCCUUCCCUCUAGUUGUUAGUUUUACAUUUUCUUCACACCUCACACUAUUUGUGCGUUUUUUUUAAACCUUUAUAGAUAUUUAAAACAUCCAGUCUAUUUGAUUCUAUCUGUAUUCAAAUCGAAGCAGUGUGUCACAUUUCAUUUUCCGCCCUCUUUCCGUCCGUCCCUCCAGUUGUUCCAACUUCUCUUUAAAUUGUUAAUAUUUAAUAAUCCGCCCUCCUAAAUCCUUCGUUCUUUCAACGAUCU